CCACUGUGAUAUUCUCACCUUCGGCAAUAGCUUGUUAGAUGCUAUUCCAUCUCUGAUUCAGUCCAAAGACUUGAGAGCAAUUCAAAUUAUUAGAUGCAAAGGUAUAGAGUUCUUAAUGAGGUUAUCUUAUUGUAGCUCAAUGGGUGAAAGAAUGAUGGGAGUUCAUGAACUGACAUUGCGCUUGUCUUCCUUAGAUGAAUUCAGUGGUCUUGUUAAGUUGGAGUUAGGAGAAGAUUUGCCUCCAGUUGGAACCUUUUCCCAUCUUUGCAAGCUUCAUGUUUCUAGUUGUAAUAAAAUGAAGAAGCUAAUCCCUAGGUGGUUGAUGCAAUACCUCCUAAAUCUGAUGGAAAUAGUUGUAGACUGCUGCGCGGAAAUGGAAGAGAUAAUGAGUGAGGAUGAAGACGAACAAGCAAAGCAGUGCGCGAGCUCAGCCUCAUCAUCGUCUCCUUUUCCUUCAAAUGAAAGCAAAAGCAUCAAGGAUGAGUAUAACAGUUUGGAAUUGUCAGAAGCUGAAGAGACUUCCAUUUACUCUUCCUCUUCUAAACGGGCAGCCAUCAGCUCCUUCAGCUCUUCAAGAAAUCUCCAUGGAUCAUGAAGAAGCAUGGGAAGCUUUGGAAUGGGACCAUCCUGAGUACAAGAAUGUCCUCCAUCCUUUUUUCAAAAUAUCACGCUUCUAGAUUCAAACCUCAGGUAC